UAGAACAAGAGAUUCUAAAGUACAUAUAUAUAUUUGCAAAAGUAAACGCAUCCUAUUAAAGGUUCAAGAGAUCAUAUUGUGUACCAUGAUCCAAUGAUCGGAUCCUUCGUGACGCCGGUGGCCUUUGACGAUUCUCUACCUUGGGAGUCUAUAAAUUUUCUUGUGUCAACGCGUCGCAGCAAAUAAUUGCCACCAUAUAUGGAGGGGAAAAAAAAAGAGGGAUGCAAUACAACGAUUCGUGGACCGCAAUUGCAUAAAUUAAAAACACAUUCAUUCAUGUGGACAAUUUGUAACCAAUCGGAAUCUUCGAUCUUCGUGUCACAACUUUUAUUAAGUUGUUCAUUUUCCUCGAUUUUACGUGUAUACAAUAAAUUCGGGAAUAGAAAAUUGAAACUAAAUUCAAAAACGCCAAAAUAAUUUUGAAAAUUGAAUUUGGAAACGAAUUUCAAAUUUAGAAAACGGAAAUGAAGUCAAUAUAAAUUUAAAGAUAGAAAGGAAAUAGAAAAACAAGGAAUUUCAGAAGAAAAUCUAAAUUUGAAUUUAAAAACGAAAAAAAUUUAGAAAUAGCGAAUUUGAAAAUUAAAUUAGAAUUUUUUGAAAAUGGAAACGAAAUAAAAAAUACAAGUCAAAAUAAUAGCGAAAGCAAAUUUUACAAACAGGAAGAAAUUAUUUCGAAUCGAAUCCAAAUUUUGAAAUAAUUAAAUUUUUGAAAAUAAACGGAAAUGAAGUAAAAUAUAUAAAUUUAAAAAAAUGGGAACGAAUGAAACCGAAUUUAAAUUUGAAUUAAAAAUUUUUUAAAUUAAUUGUAAUUGAAUUCAAAUUGAAAAUUUAAACCAAAAUUUAAAAAGUAAAUCAAAAUUAACAUCGGUACCAAAUUUUGAAAUAAUUUUUUUUGAAAAUAAAUAAAACCGAAUGCAAAUUCAAUUCAAAAUUGAAUUUAAAAAUGAAGGAAUUUUGAAAAAUGAAAACGAAAUUUUAAAUAGAUUCAAACGGAAAUUGAAAUCAAAUUUGAAACAGGAUCAGAAACAAAAGAAAUUAAAUUUUAAAAGGAUUUUGACGAAAAGAAUGAAAAAAUAAAUAAAAUACUGCAAUUUUGGAAAAACUCUCGAAUUUUUGGAAAAUUAAUUUCAAUUUCCAAAUUCAAUUAAGACUUUAUAAAAAAAAAAACAUAUCAUAGACGGGAACUUACGAGGAGAAUAAUUUAUAGUGAUCGUGAUUCAAAGGGUGUAGACACAUGUGUAUCGUGUGAAUUCGUGACCUGUCGAUCCUCCUUUAUUCCAAUAUAUAUAUAUAUAAAAUUGGAGGGGGUAAAAUAUCCACAUAAACGGUACACUCCAUAUAUAUAAAGAUGGUGAAUCCUGAACGGCAGAUUCUUCGAAGAUUUCACUCGAAUCGCGCAAUGUUUUUCCAAGUUUAAAAAAAAAUCCUUUUUUUCUAUUUCUCUUCUUUGUUUAAGUUAUUAUGACGUUUUAUUAAAAUAUAAUUUAGUGCUCACACAAUGCCACGAUCUCCAAUUUUUCGUUUCUUUUUCAAAUUUACGGUGCUGUGUUCUUUGAUCAUAAAUCUCAGCUCCGCGGAUGUAUUAUCACCAACUCAAAAAGCACCUCCUUUUGCAAGAGGAUCGGGUGGUUUGGUACUUCCACUGCCACUCGCUGGAAAAGCUCCACUUCCGGUUAGUCAGCCAUCAGGUAACAAUGCCGUUGAUGGAGUUCAACGUGAAGAAGUCACUUCAUUCAAAAAAGUUGGAAACGAAACAAUUAUCGUUGUUGAGGGAAGUUUAGGGUACAACAGUCCAGAAGGUCUUCCCGUCUCCGUUAAAUUUAAAGCUGAUGAAAAUGGAAAUCGAGCGAGUUUUAAAAUCGGAACAGGAUCGUCAGGUAGUGGAGGAAAGGGAGGAGGUGGACCAAAUAAAGGAGGCAGCGGAGGUGGAGGUACAAAUCAAGGAGGAGGAGGCGGAGGUGGCGGUGGACCAAACAAAGGAGGCAGCGGAUCAAAUAAAGGGGGAACUGGACCCGGAGGCAGUACUUAUUUACCACCGAAUAAUAAAACAGGAAAUGGUAAAAAUGGUAAUGGCAAAGGCAAUGGUAAAGGAAAUGGAAAGAAAGAAGACAGAACUUAUUUGCCACCAAGUUAAAUUACUAAAAAUUGCAAAAAAAAAAAAAUAAUAAUUCACUUUUGAAAAUUUAA